AUGGUAGAUUUAUGGAGUAUAUUGCUUAGCGGCAGUGUCACUACUGCAACAGCGGGAGCUAUAGCAGAAUUGACUCUGGAUCCACAAUUGAAAUAUUGGGUGUUAUUGCCCAUCUCUGCUGUGAUGAUCCUGACUGGGAUCUUGCGUCAACAGGUGUCUGUAUUGAUUGGAUCUGGCGUGAAGGGACAACCUAGAGUGAAAAAUACAGAAGCACAAUAUAUGAUGAAGGCUCAAGUUUUACUUGGGAAUGGGUCGAAUAUCAGUGAUGAAUCAUUUCAAGAGAGGAAAGAAUAUCUUUCAAAGGCUUUGGCAAGUGGUAAAUAUGUUGCAAGGUCUAAGGCUGCAAAGACUGGGGAGACUGUGAAUCCAUUCAAUGAUCCGGGUACUGCUGAAGCCAUGAUGAGCAUGGCAAAGGGGAACAUGGCCAGUUUCAUCCCACAAACAAUAAUCAUGUGGUGGGUGAAUCAUUUCUUCGCUGGAUUUGUUCUGAUGAAGUUGCCAUUCCCAUUAACUCUAAGAUUUAAGGAGAUGUUACAAAGUGGUGUUAUGACAGCAGACUUGGAUGUCCGCUGGGUCAGUGCAAUCUCUUGGUAUUUCAUCUCUGUAUUAGGUUUGGAUCCUGUUUUCAAUCUUCUAACUUCCGAAAACACAGAUAGUCAGUUAGGUAUGAUGCAAACACAGACUCCUCAGGGACCAGAUAUGAUGUCUCAACCUGCUCAAGUUGAAUCUCAAAUGAAGGCUCUCGCCAACGAUUUAACGAUUGCCCAACACGAAUGUUGUUUCGAUAAUGUAGAGGCUAGAGUACUAAGUAUGUACAAGUGA